AUGGUUAUGAAAACAUCACUGAACAGAAGGAGAAGAGGUAUUCAAUGGGGGGUGAUGCAAAACAGACUUGAAGACUUGGAUUUUGCAGAUGACCUUUGUCUUCUGGCACAAAGACACAGUGAAAUGAGAGAAAAGCUGCUGGUACCGAGUGAAAUUGCUAAAAAUGGAGGCCUGAAGAUUAAUGAGGCAAAAACGAAAGAGAUGGUGGUCAAUGUUCAUGGAGGAAAAAGUUUUGAAAUAAAUGGGAGGAGAAUAGAGAGGAUGGACUCAUUUGUUUAUUUGGCCAGCAUGGUAAAUCCUGAGGGAGGUGCUGAGGAUGAUGUCAAAACUUGCAUCAGAAAAGCAAAUGGGGUCUUUUCACAGCUGUAUACAGUAUGGAGGAACAAUAAAAUCUCGAAACAGACAAAGCUACAAAUUUUCAAUUCAAAUGUGAAGUCUGUCCUCCUCUACGGUUGCGAGACAUGGAAUGUAACAGCUGAAAUCCGUACAAAACUCCAAUCCUCCAUCAAUCAGUCUCUGCAAAAGAUUGAGUGUGUGUGGUGGCCAGAUAUGAUUUCAAAUGAAGAGCUCUGGCACAAUACAGGACAGAUGCCCAUAGACAUUGAGAUCAGGAAGAGGAAAUGGAUGUGGAUAGGCCAUACUUUGAGGAAAAGAGGUGGAGCAAUAGAAAAGGAUGCUUAG